UUACUCACCCCCAUAAUUGAUACCUCUCUUGAGUCUCCUUCCCCCAAAAACCAGGGCUACAAGCUAUUCUUACCUCACCGAGCAAGUCACUCUUCUAAAUCUCCGGAAUUUUCCUCUUUCUUUACACUUAUCUCUCAUGUCAAAUCCCAAAUUAACCUAUUUUCACGAUCAUUACCCUCCCUAAAAACACGGCCAUUAUUUUCUAAUUCAUGUCAAAUGUCCAAAUCCAACUUAAUUCAUCAUCAUUUUAAUCCUCUAAUUACUUUCAUCCCUCUUCUCUUACUCUGUUCUUCAAUCCUCUCUCCAACUCUCCCCUUCGCUUUCGCCUCGUCACCGUCACCGUCGCCGUCGCCGUCGCCGUCACCGCCACCGUCCAACAUUCAUAGGCGUGAUCCUCUGCAACAUUUUAAAUUUUACAAUGGGGGUUACGAUCUUCAAAGCAAACAUUACUGGGCUUCUGCAGUUUUUACGGGGGUUCAUGGAUAUGCAAUGGCGGGAAUGUGGAUGAUGUGUGGAUUUGGAUGUGGGAUUUUCCUGAUUUUUACGAAUUAUUACAGCAACAACAGUCGUUCUUCAUCGAUUAAUCAUACAAAAUAUUCGGAUUUUUCAUAUUAUUUGGUGUUCUUCCUAAUUAUCUUCUUCUCCCUCCUUGCCAUGGUUGCCACAGGUUUGGUGAUUGCAGAAAACCAGAAGUGUGUCCAUACAACAAAGAAGCUGAAAGAAACAAUUCUAGGAGCAGGUGAUGAGACUCGAAGAUCAAUCCACAAAAUAAACAAAGCAAUGGACAACAUACAAUCGCUUCUUAGCACAUAUGAUCAGGACACUUUCAUUCUGUUGGAUGCCACAAGUCAACAGCUUGGAAAUGAAUCUCACAACAUCCAAAAAUUUGUACAGAAGCAUAACCAUUCCAUUGAUCAAGCUACAUGGGCUCUGUACAUAACAAACCUUGUAGUUGUGGCUGUUAACUUGUUAUUUUUGAUUGUUGGUGUAGUGUUAAUAUUUCUACACUGGCACCCGGGAUUUCUCAUCAUUAUUUUCUUCUUCUGGAUAUUAACAAUGGCAUGUUGGUUUAUGACUGGCAUUGAUUUCUUUUUUCACAAUUUUGCAGAAGAUACCUGCAAAGCACUUGAAGAUUUCAAAGACAACCCUCUGAAUAGCAGCUUAAGCUCGUUACUCCCUUGUGCAAAUGCAUUAAAAUCACAAACUGUCAUCACUGUACUUGGUCAAACUGUCCAUGAUUUCGUUUCGCAGUUAAAUUUAAACAUGAAAAUUAUGCAAAAGGAGCUUGGAUUAGAUGAAAUACACUAUGGAAAUGCUUUUGGUGAUAGGAAGAUUUGUGACCCUUUUGCUGGUCCACCUGAUUACAGUUACCUAGCUGGUAAAUGCCCCAAGCAUGCCAUUCCAAUUCGUGAUUUGCCAGAUAUUCUUGCAAGAUUUACUUGUGAUAGUGAAAUAACAUCCUUGGAGUCAUGCAAAGGCAAAGGGAAAUUCCUUCCAAAACCAACUUAUUUAAUGGCAGAUGCCUACAUUCGAUCAAUUGAAUACUUGACUAACGUUUAUCCAGAUUUGGAGAACCUUAUUCAUUGUUCAUUUGUUAAAGAUCGGAUUUCGGACGUGGUGUUGCACCAAUGCAAGCCAUUUAAGGCUUCUUCUUACGUUCUAUGGACUUCUAUACUCUGUCUUUCGACGACCAUGGUGGUUUUGGUGUUACUUUGGGUGGCUAAAUCUUACCAAGAUUAUGGACGACGUUUCUCCAAGUGUUCCAUCAAACCAAUGCAUGACGAACCCUGAAAAGGUUUAGCCAUGCAUUGGAACAUUGACGUACAAAAAGAUUAGAUAGAUCGAUGAUUUUUUCAUUUUUAAUUAAUUGAUUGACUAAUUAUACGGGGUAUUGCUUUUGUAUUAUAAUCUUUGAUUAUAUUACUACUUGUAAACUUGUAAGAAAUAUAUAUAAUGAACAAUAAAGGAGAGAGAGAGAUCGGGUACAUACAUAGACAAUUGUGACAAAAUGUGUAUAUACAACUCCAGAUACUGAAUAUGGAAUUACAAAGUUGAACACAUUAUUUGA